AUGUGUUGCAACUACAGCAACUCCUGUGGCUAUGGCUGCGGAUAUGGCUAUGGCUGUGGAUGUGGUCCCUAUUAUGGCUGUGGUUAUGGCCUGCGUUAUGGCUGUGGCUAUGGCUCAGGGUAUGGCUGUGGCUACAGCUCCCGCUGUGGAUAUGGCUGUGGAUAUGGCUGUGGCUAUGGCUAUGGCUCCAACUGCUGUGGCUACCGGCCAUUUUUCUAUAGAAGAUGUUAUUCCUCUUGCUGGUAG